AUGGCCUCCUCCAACAUCAGCGACGAAUACGAUGCCCUAGAGGUGAUCGGAAAGGGCUCAUUUGGAACGGUACGAAAGGUUCGCCAGCGCUCCGACGGCCAGCUCUUAGUCCGCAAGGAGAUUGAGUACACCUCCAUGAACGUACAUGAACGCAACCAGUUGAUCCUGGAGCUCCGAAUCUUGCGGGAGCUUAACCAUCCCAACAUCGUCAAGUACUACCGUCACGACCAUAUCGUCGAGAGCAAGUGCAUUCACAUCUACAUGGAGUUCUGUGACGGAGGUGACUUGGCUCAGGUCAUCACCAACUUCCGCAAAAAUAAGGAACAAGUCCCCGAAGAGUUUAUCUGGCAGGUCCUAGUACAAACCCUCUUAGCAUUGCACCGGUGCCACUACGGCAUCGACGCCAAAAAAGUCAAUCUUUUCUCCAGCACCUCCAAGGACGAGCCUCCGAUCGACUCGGAGACCGUGGUGAUCCACAGAGACAUCAAGCCUGACAAUAUCUUCAUGCUCAACGACGGAAAGUCCAUCAAACUUGGCGAUUUCGGAUUGGCCAAAAUGUUGACGUCCCAGAACGACUUCGCGAAAACUUACGUGGGGACUCCGUACUACAUGUCGCCAGAAGUAUUGGUGGAUAAUCCGUACUCGCCAGUGUGUGACAUUUGGUCGUUGGGGUGUGUGUUGUACGAGCUCUGCACGCUCCAGCCGCCGUUCCAGGCCAAGACCCACCUCCAGCUCCAGGCCAAGAUCAAGCGAGGAGUGAUUCCUGAGUUGCCGGACACCUACUCCAACCAGCUCUGUAACAUUAUCCGUGAGUGCAUCACGGUGGACGUAAAUCUCAGACCAUCGUGCUACGAGUUGUUGGAGACCCUUUCUAUCAGGUUUUUGCGCAAGGAAAUGGAGCUCAAGGAAAUCAGUGCCAACCUCAACGAGUUCCAGAAACAGUUGUUGACCAAGAACGACGAGUUGAAGAAGAAGGAGAACUACCUCAACACCUUGGACCGCAAGGUGUUGCGCCAGCGAGAGGAGCUACAAGAAGAAUACAAUAAUAUCCAGAAAAAGUGCAACGCCCAAAAAAAGCAGUUGGAGGACGAGUUGGUGGAGGAAUUCGAGUUGCGAAAACGCGCCAUGGACUUGGAGGCCAAGGAGGUCCGGUUGGGGUACCAGCGUGAGUUCAAGAUGGUGGUGGAACAAGAAGUCCAGCAGCGUUUGAAGGAGUAUUUGAACAAGCAGCUGAUGGACAUCCACCGGAAAAAGUCCGACCCCACCCCUCCUAAAGCUGCAUCCACGCCCCCACCCCCCAUGGGGGUGGCAACCCCCCAAGCACGCACCUUUCUACAUGAAGCGCCCAAGCCGCGAGGGCCGCGUGAGUUGGUGGAAGAGCCGUUGCGGCGGUCGCCGCUCAAGACCCGCAACGACGACUUCGAGUACUUCAAGGCGUCGCCAACCAGAGGCGUGAACAACUACAAGAAACGGGUAACGGACGAGCUCGAACGGUUGAGCUUGGAAAAGAGACACAUUCCUGAGUAUGAGGAGGUGUAUAUGCGCAAGCACCGGCAUGCGCCGUAG